AUGGUCUCCGUCGCCACUAUCCCACAACCCCCGGCGCUUACUGCCACCCCCUCCUUGAAGCCAUCAAAGAUGCUACCAUCUUCGUCUCCCGUAUCCAUCCUCAAAACCUCCAAGCCCGCCGGCACGAAACGCAAAAUGGCGGAUGUCGACCGCAGUCUUUCCCCCGUCUCCUCCGUGUCGGAUACCUUCGAAGACGCCCCUCCCUCGAAGAAGCGUGCCCGCGUCACCUUCAACGAGAACAUCCAGACGCAUUCGUGGAAUCAAAAUGAUCUGGCCACACAAAGUGGGAUGAACGUGGCGAUGGUUCGGGAAGAAAUCCGUCGGGCGAUCCAUCGUCAUGUUUCAUCCGGGGAGAGCGAAGCCUAUGACCAGAUUAAGGAGAUCUUCACUGCCGAUCCGAAGAAGGCUGCCGACACCGUCUACUCCUACGACCUGCCAACACACACUUCAUUGAAGAAUCAUCUGCUGGGUCUUCUAUCCCAUAUCGCCUCUCUAGACCGCGGCUGCAGCAGUCUUGUCCACGCUGUCCUUGAGAGCGAGUGGCUUGGUCGGGAUGAGGCCUACGUGAAACUUUUCAUCCGGUUCCUUGGAAACCUUGCCGCUGCUCAGGGUACCUAUCUCGGUGUCAUUUUCAAGAUGCUUGUUAGCAAGCUCGCUGGUGUCCCUCGCGGCACUGGUAGCCUACCUGGAUACCCUGUGGUCCCGGUCUCCAAAAUCUACGCGCGCGUUCACAUGGCUUUGCGUCAUAUCAUUCGCUUGAUCCCGGCUGGCAGUGGAACUCUGUCUCCAGUUCUUUCUCACACCUUCCCGUACGAAGCGGACCCUGCCAAGUCUUACAUCGCAUACACCCGAAACCUCAUUCAGAUUAUCGACUAUGCUCCCGAGCUCCAAUCUGAUAUCCUCGCCCUCAUCACCGAAAAGUUGGUCAAGAUCGAUGUCCAAAUCCAGGUGGAUUUGGAAGACUUUGAGGAUGAGCUCGGAGAGAACCUCUUGCAUGGUGUUUCCACCGAACCCGAUGAAGAGCUCGACGACGAUGACGACGCCUCCAUUAUUUCCGAAGACGAAGCCGAUGAGGACCGACGGGUCGCCGAGAUCAAGGACAAUAUUCACAAAGUGGAUGGCAUGAUUGAUAUUCUUUUCGAGUUUUACAACUCUUCAUUCACAACAGGCACACUCGCCGACAAGCGAAACAGCUUGGACCUUAUUAUCAGCCACUUCCAAACCAUCAUCCUCCCAACAUACAAGUCCCGCCACUCACAGUUCCUUCUUUUCCACUUCUCUCAAUUACACCCGGAUCUCCUCAGCAAGAUGACAACGUGCUUCUCGGAUCUGAUCUUUGGCAAAGUCCAGCCAGGUAUCAUUCGCCAAUCCGCAGCCGCAUACCUGGCCAGCUUCAUCGCCCGUGGUGCCCAUAUCCCCAGCAGUCUUGUCCUUAAAACUUUCAACGAAAUGAGCGCGCAGCUGGUUGAAAUGCACGACAAGUAUGACGCUGCCUGCCGCGGCCCGGAUCUCCGCCGGUACGGCUCGUUCUACGCCACUGCUCAGGCCGUGCUAUACAUCUUUUGUUUCCGCUGGCGCGAUCUGACGACCGCUUCUAUCGAGGGUGACAGCCCCCAGCAAGUGGAUGAGCUGGAGCCCAGCCAAAUAGCCUUCCCGCCCAAUGUCAAGGAUACGCUGAGCAAAGUGAUCUACUCGCGUCUGAAUCCGCUCAAGAUUUGCUCUCCGGGCAUCGUCAACGAGUUUGCUCGUAUCGCACACCACUUCCAACUGCUCUACGUAUAUCCUCUCAUCGAGAAGAACAAGCGCCUCCGUAUCAGUGCCUUCCGAAGCAUCGCCUCCUCGGGACUCGUCCAGGUGGAGCGUGAGAUCCGCGCUGGUGACCACCUCGGCUAUCAGCUCGACGCAUACUUCCCCUUCGAUCCGUAUCAGCUCCCGCGCAGCCGUCGCUGGCUGGAGGGUGACUACGUUGAGUGGCGUGGCAUUCCGGGUCUUGACCAGGACGAAGACUCGGAUAGCGGUGCUGACGAUGAUGGCGAUGAAGAAGACGGCACAGCUACUGACGAGGAGUAG